CUUUGAUUUCAGAUCUACUGUGAUACCGAGUACCGAGUACUGGAGACUCGGCUUACUCGUUGCUCUUACAGAUCUCUCUGGUGGGUUCUUGCGCCCCGAAGGGUUUGACGAUAUCCCUAGCACCGGAUCCGGUCAACAGCCAAGGGAAAAAGGAAAAAUCGAAGCAUCACCUCCUAUGUGGAAAUGAUAGACCACGUUUUGGGAAGACCUUCGACUCGGUUUCGCAAGAUCCAGGUCUUCGCGGUCGUCUCAUUUUGGUCCCUCUAUCUACUAAGAGCUGACAAGCAUGGCCCUCCGCUUAUUCGCUCUAUCUCAUCGCACUUCACCGGCAAAUUAACCAGCUGGCAGACCACGGUCAUCAUCUUCUUAUGGCUCUAUGUGAGCCGCAACUUUGCCAAGAUCGUGGGCUUGGAAUGCCCAGAACCACUAGCAAAUCUUUAUUCUCGAUCAUUCUUUCGUGCAACAUGGAUCACCACUGGGUUGGAUGCCGGCUUUUGGACGGCAAUGAAAAUCAAGCCCAAAUGGCUGCGCGACUUGGCAUCGCUGGUCUUCACGGUCUAUUAUCUCAUCGCUGCAGAGCAAGCAGAUGAGAAGGUACGGCGAGUCCGGGGUACGCUCACGUUAGAACACCUUCGCGUAUCUUGGAAUAAGGCAACAAGCCCCUACUUAUGGUUCCUGGCGAGUUUGGUUCGCCCUCGACUUACCCGCUAUGGCCCGCGAGCUAUCCGGAUCCCUCGGCCUAAGCACUCGGCGAACACGGAGCCAAUCAGUGCAUGGAUGUACUUUGAUGGGCCGCUCAGUGCAUUGAAGGAUCAGACUUCCCUCGUAUUGGAUGUCCCAGGUGGAGGAUUCGUUGCGAUGGGGCCCCGCAACUCGGAGGAUAAACUACUUUCUUGGGCGGGUCAGCUGAAGAUUCCAGUCUUGAGUAUUGACUACAAGAAGGCUCCAGAGUAUGCAUAUCCAUAUGCUCUUCAUGAAUGUUACGAUGUCUAUCAUACGAUCAUGGCGACGAACGGUCGCUGUCUGGGGCUGAGUGGCUCGACGCGCCCUCGGAUUGUGGUAACUGGAGAGAGUGCUGGCGGCAAUCUUGCCGUCAGUAUGACACUGAUGGUCUUACAAUCAGCCAUGGCGCAAGGUUGGGAAGGUGAAAACGUUCUUCCUCGACCGGACGGUCUCGUGCUGGCGUAUCCGGCGUUGAACGUGAGGGUCGAAAGCUGGAUGUCGGACGAGCAGAUGUCUUUGAUCCAAGAUAAAAGUUGUCGUCAGACGAAUAGCGGCGUAUUGCAACGCAAGCAGGAUCAAUAUCGCAGGCUCACGCCGUACACGUCACCCGGUCACUCUGUUGAAAAUUUGACCACGAUAUUCACUGACGAGAAGCGACCAAAACAGGGACCAACAGAGACCGAUGUCGCUGCUGAGACAUCCAAGGCAUUGCGUGACAAGCUAGAGAAGAGCGAACACGUCUCCGGAGACGCUGCCUUCAAGACGGCUGGUCCGACUAAUCCACUCAAGACUCGACUCGCGGUGUCCUCUAUGAUCUCGUAUGUCCAUGAUCGAAUCCUCACGCCUGAAAUGAUGCGUGCGAUGAUCAUCCUCUACAUUGGCCCACACCACCGGCCAGAUUUCAAUACAGAUUUCUAUCUGUCACCCGUCCUCGCACCAGACGCUUUACUAGCUCAAUUCCCGAAGACGUACAUCCUGACCGGUGAACGAGAUCCACUCGUCGAUGAUACUGUUAUCUUCGCAGGUCGACUACGACAAGCAAAACUUCACCGUUUCCAUGAGCGCCAAGAUCUUGGACUCGAAAAAUCACAACGCCAAUUCAACGAAAAAGACCACGUCGAAGUCUCUCUUAUUCCUGGAGUCUCACAUGGCUUCAUGCAAAUGGCUGGAUUUUUCCCCGACGCUUGGAAAUACAUCAACCGCAGUGCGCGCUGGAUCGAGAGUUUACUCGAGAAUGCAGAUCUGCAAACUUCGGAAUACAGCCUCCUUCAGCUCUCUCAGCUCUCAAAUCUGAAAAACUCCCAGAGGUUGCGAGACCUUUCUCAGAGACAUACAACUAUCAAGAAAAAUCAUUUCCGCAGCCUGACGGGUGAAUCGUCCGCCGACGAGGAUAGACCGCUGGAGAUGAAUAUGAGCAAAAUCACACCACUCUCCCAAAAUGAACCUUCAUCCUCUUCAACGGAUCUCCCGUUACGACGCAGACGGUCCAAAUCAUCCUUUGCGUCCACUCAUCUCAGCGGGCUUACUACUCUGGGUAACGACUCCAGCGAUGUACGUGAGUUCCGCGCAAAGCUGAAACGCUUGGAAAUAAGUCGCAAUCUUCGAGAUUCGUGUUUCGAUGAAACAAACAGCGCUCCGGAAAGCCCUGUUGCGAUUCGGCCUCGCGGAAGGAGUAUUACCUCGCUUGGUAGCGAGGAGGAUAUUUUGGAUCGGAGGAUGAAUGGAAUAGCGGGCGGUUUGAUGGGGCUGGGUGAGGGGGCUCAGACACCGGGAGCGUGAAUUUUCAUGUGGACAGACGUGAGAUUUGGGAAUAGAGAUGCAUGAUUUACGAGAUAUGAUUGAUACGACAAAUUGGGCUUGAGAUUUACUAGAUUCUAGAGUUGUUAGAUAACCUAUCAUCGUGUGACAUGCGAUCUCUUUGACUUUGAUUGUGUGUGCUAUCUGUGAUGUAGUCUGUUAGUAAAGAUAAGAAAUUGACAUAGAGC